UUCCCUUCUUCCAUUUGUCCACCCUCGGUCCCUCACCCUCCUGUCUGCUCUCUCACCCUCUUAAUAAUCAUCACCUGCAUGCCUAACCUCUUCGCCUCUCAAAAUACUCAUGAAAAUGGCCUGUUUCUCCAUUCUUCCUCUUCCUCUCACCUCAUCACCAUCCUUUCACUCUUUCUUUUCCUGUUCCUUUCAGUUCCCGCUGAUAAUGCUGCAGAAUCUCUUGUUUUCACCAAUUUCUUGAACCCUUCACAGCCACCGCCACAGGGUCGUGUUCCUUCUCAACAGAGGACUAACGGAAUUGUUUUUCGUUACUCGGUAUUUUCUUUACUUGCGUAAACUGAGAUGCCCAUUUUGUUUUCUUGAUGAUUCUGUUAGUUGAUUCGGUCAAAGCAUUAUCUUGGUGCUGCUUGGUGGUUUCCAGCUUGGAUUUCAGUUUUCAUGACUUGGUUACUUAUCUUCUUUCAGAUCUUCAAAGUUUAGAUUGCUCUUUGUUCUGGUCAGUUUUCUCUAGCACCCACUUAUUCGGUAGAGUUAUUUGAGUUUUUAGCUCAAACUUCGCUGUGGGUGCUAGGGUUUAUCAAUUUUCUUAACUGAUAGCCAAUCUCUGUUUUGAUUAGAUUUGUAACUCUAUAGACCCUUUUGACCUGUUGCUAGAGAAGUGAUUUUGAAGACAACCGAUUUUGUCGGUCAUCUUCCGCAAUCUGUCUCGCCUUUUAGUUAAUGGAGCAGUUUUUCUUUGCUGUUUAAGCUAGGUUAUUAUAGCGGCAUCGGAUCAAAUUUGUGGCAAUCCACUUUUUGUUGUUUUAGCUGUUUCGUUUCUGGGCAGAUAAGUCGUGGGUGUGCUAGGGUUAACUGCUUUCGGACAGUAAUUAAUUGCAAAAAUUGUAGCUCAGUUCGAAAGCUGUGUGAUUCUAACGGUUUACGCAUCCACUGAGUGGGGUAUUAACCCUUUACCAUUACCACCGAGCAUCUUUGGCUGUGUAAAUAGGAUUACCAGUGGGUUUCUGGUUUUCCAGAAGCUCCUUCCGGGUCUUUUCUGUCAAGAUGGUUGGAAAUGGUCACUAUUUUGUGGAAUGGAAAGAACAAUUUGUUUCGCAGGAGCGGGGGAACCGUGUGGUUCACUAUUUCCUGAAGGAUUCUGCUGGAGAAUCUAUUCUUGCUGUUGUGGGCACUGAGAGGAGUGUCAGGCACAUGUUCUAUGUUGUUGCUGAGGAGUUUGUGCAAGCUUAUGGUGCAGAAAAUUCUAUUCAUGCUGGUUUCAAGUGGAGGUCAAGAAGGGAGGUUGUGGAUUGGCUUACGUCUAUGUUAUCAAAGCAGCAUCUGCAGAGUGAUUGGUCCAAAUCACCAAAGCAUGAUUUAGUGCAAACUUUAGAAUAUCCCCAGUAUCCCGUGAAUGGAUUUGGUGCUCAACUGACACAGGGCCGGCUUUCUAGGAACUUGAAUGGACAUAAUUCGGACAUUGUGUGGUCAGGCGUUGCAUGGACAUGUGGAAAACAGCUCAAACACUACCCAGCUUUCUGUAGAAAUGGGAUUAGAAUAGCAAUCCAGUCCUUUGUUUUUGUCAUGGCAAAAGGUGAGAAUCAUUACCUUGCUUAUUUGGAAGAUAUGUAUGAAGACAAAAGGGGACAGAAGAAAGUCAAAGUGAGGUGGUUUCAUCAUAACCAGGAAGUCAAGGGGGUAGUUCCACUGAGAAACGCUCAUCCAAAAGAAGUUUUCAUCACACCUUAUUCGCAGGUCAUUAGUGCGGAAUGUGUUGAUGGCCCUGCUACAGUCUUAACCCGUGAGCAUUAUGAGGAAUGCUUGGCUGCUUUUCCUAAUGCUUUAUCAACCAGGGUACAUUUGUGCUUUAGGCAGUUCAGAAGCAAUAAAGUAAAGCCCUUUGAUUUGAGUAAAUUGCGUGGGUACUUUGAUCAACAAAUUCUGAGUUGUUUGAAUGCCAAACCAUUUCCGGGGGCCGACUCUAUAGGCAUAGGCUAUGGCCUAACUGGUGAAGAUGAAGGAUUGAGUCCAGAUGAGAAUGUGAAGUUGGGAGCAAAGAGGACGAGAAGCUGUAGAGGGAGUGAAACAUUUGUGACAGAUCAUUCAGGAGUUGGAAUUUCUGGAAGCCGGAGUAUGACUUAUGAGCCUUCAUGUUUCAACUCGAGAUAUGGUAUGUCAGGCAAGAGAUUGCCUCCCCUCAAGCAUGUUGAGUCUCAACUUCGAUGUAGUCUGCAGUUUAAGGUUGAUGAAAAGAUUGAAUUGUUGUGCCAAGAUAGUGGUAUACGAGGCUGCUGGUUUAGGUGUACCGUCUUGCAGGUGUCCCAGAAACAGAUUAAAGUUCAGUAUGAUGAUCUGCAGGAUGAAGAUGAGUAUGGCAACCUUGAGGAAUGGAUACCAGCAUUCAAAUUGGCCGUGCUUGAUAAACUUGGUAUGAGGUGCCCAGGCCGUCCAACAAUUCGACCAUCCCCUCCUCUAAAUGAACAAAGGGACCUAGCUUUUGAGGUUGGUUCUGCAGUUGAUGCAUGGUGGAGUGAUGGCUGGUGGGAGGGAGUAGUAACUGGAACCAGCAGUAGCAGUGAUGACAUUCUGCAAGUUUACUUUCCUGGUGAAAGUUUCUUCUUGAAUAUACACAAAAAGGAUCUAAGGACAUCCAGAGAUUGGGUAGGAAAUCAAUGGAUUGAUAUUCAAGCAAAACCUGAUAUACUUUCGGCCAUAUCAGCAACAAUUAGUCCAGAUGCCAAAAUGUCCAUGUCUUCAACGAUUACAAAGGACAUGAAGCCCAGUGGUUGUGAUUUGUCCGGUACUGAAGGUAAUAUUAGUGCUGAACUCAAUAACAUGGAAGAGAAAAGGUCCGGCAUAGCUACAUUAGUCAGUAGCGAUAGUAUCCUGGAUAUGGACUGUAACGAUGACAGGAAGCCUUCAUCUGACAACAAAGCUGAUGAGGGUGAUGGUGAUGACGUCAAUGUCGGUCAUGAUGAAUUAGAUAAAGUUCAAGGAAAUGAUGAAGAUGAGGUUGAUAGUGAUGUUAAGGAGAAUGAUGAAAGAAUAGAUAUGGAGGUGUUCGAGUCUUCUGAUUGCAAGGCUAUGGAAUUCAUGGAAGUGACGGCAUAAGAUGCUUGUAGCAGGCUUGUAUCGCAUCAUAUCAUGACUGUCACGUCACGUUGCUUGUGAUAUGGGGUAGGUUUCAGUUGGUGGUCGAGAUGCCUUUGUAAAUAUUAACAUGACAGUUGACAAUCUCCAUCAGUUUGGCGAACAUAAUCAUAGAUGUAUAGGUGUCAUAUUAGAUUUUUAAGGUUCUAUUGUAACUGGUUGUAUGAGAACUGGGAUUGGCAUUUGAAUUCAUUUGGUCAGAAGCCUAAUUAAGUCAGAUUUCCCAAAGUGGUUCCACACUUAAUUUGCUUCUUGCUUGUAAUUUAUACCCAGAUAAUAUUAUAAUUACCUGAAUAUUCUGUA